ACCUUGAACAUUAAGGGAAAGAUUAUGUGUUCAGUUGACAUAGAAUCUUUUUUCACCAAUGUUCCCCUUCAUGAAACUGUUGGUUUUAUUUGCGAUUACAUCACAAGCAACGGCAUAAACUUACCCAUUCCCGUCACUUACAUCAAAGACAUCAUCUUAAUGUGUACAGAAAAUAUUAGAUUCACAUUCCAAGAAAAGGCAUAUAAACAAAUCGAUGGUGUUGCGAUGGGGAGCCCUCUUGAGCCCCUGUUAGCAGAUAUAUUUAUGUCGAAAUUAGAGAAACAAAUGCAAGGUAUGCUUGGAGGAUUUAUGCUGUAUAAACGUUAUGUAGAUGAUAAUCUUAUUAUUAGUAAUAAUAGUAAAUCUAUUGAAAACUUCAUUACCCUAUUUAGUCAUAUUCAUCCAAAUAUUUGAGUGACUUUCGAACUAGAAUCGAAUAACAAACUAGGUUUCCUGGAUAUUACAAUGACUAGGAGAGAUGAUGGAAAGAUUCAGAGAUCUAUUUUUCGUAAACAGACGUGGACUGGACAAUAUCUUCAUUUUACCAGUUUUGUUCCUAUCCAGUAUAAACGUCCCCUAGUGAAAUGUUUGUUCUCAAGAGCCCGAAAAAUAUGCACGAGUGACACACUGAUGGAUGAGCUUCGACAUGUACAUUCAGUUUUAUUAGCUAAUGGUUAUCCGGAGAGCUUCAUCACUUGUCACAGUAAAAAACCACAUCUCGAAAAGACAGCUUCUGUACCAAAGAAAGCCAUCUUUAUUAAUCUACCAUUCAAGGACGACCAGAUUAUGCAGUUGACAACUCAAAGACUUCGAUCAGCUAUCAAACGCACAUUCUACGCCGCAUCUCUUUUUCUCACUUGCCGAACAUUUUCGAUCCCUGUUCCUACGAUUAAAAGACGAAAUUCUGUGGACUCUACUUCAAGCUGUAUCUACAAGUUCACCUGCAGCUGCGGUGACACCUGUAUAGGUAGAAUUAACAGAAUGUUCCAAUGUCGUCGAAAAAAACAUUCCAAAAUGGCUACUAAAUCAUAUCGAAAAUACUAACGCGAUUAAUCUUAAUAGAAGUCCAGCAUCAUCCAUUGCAAAACACUUAUUAAUGUCUGGUCACAAAAUAAAUAUUAAUGACUGUUUCACAAUUAUUUCACAUAACUCUAAU